AUGGCCACUUCUGUAUCUGCAUUGGGACAAGAGGGAGGUUUCUGGGUUCCUGAGACUCGCAGUCAAAAGACUGGAAAGGAAUCCAAGAUUGAAUCGUGGUGGGAAGUGAAGAGGUCCGAUAACCCUGGUGACCUCAAAGUAACCAGAGGAGCAACACCCCUUGUUGAGCGUUGUAUGAGAGUCCAUGGAUUCAGUGAGGACUUCGCCCGCCGAGUUUUGAAGGGAUACCGCCAGUUCAUGGAACUCAAAUCUGUCAUGAACGAUUGGAACGAAAUGAAGUUGUCUCCUUCUGUUCCCAUCAACCAAAUGUGGGAGUCGCAUUUGCUUGACAACUUGAACUACACUGAAGAUUGUCUCCUUCUUUUUGGACGCGUCAUUGGCCAUAACCCUGAUGCUCUCCUUGACGGACCUGCUCUUCAAGCAAGAAUUCAAACCACGAAAAUUGCGUUCCAAGCACGUUACGGAGAUGAUUUGGAUUCCGAUGUCUGGGACUUUGGAGAUGACUGGUCUCCCUUGACAAUGCAGAGUGAACAACCUAUCAAGCCGAGUGAUGCUUCUGUGAGUCUUUCCCAUACCCCACGAGGUCGCCUUCCAGUUGCCGCUGGUGAAGCUAAAACAGGUGGAUCCCCUCCCCAAGGCAUCACAACACCUGCAAAGUCUCCAAGCACUCCUGCUACAGGAGGAAACGAGCCCAUCACUAUCUUCCUCCGGGACUCUGCUACUGGCGAAGAGACUUACUUUUCUUUGAGAUACAAGAGCACGCUCAGAAUUGUAUUCACUGUUUUCGCCGAGCGCAGAGGCUUGAACCAAGACCUUCUCAAGUUCAGUUUCAACGGACAGCAACUCACAGGAUACGAAACUCCGCACAGCCUUGGACUCGAUGACAGAGCUCGCAUCGAUGUCACCAUUGGCUCACGGUCGUAG